AUGUUCAGCAUUCAGAGACUCGUCUCUGCCCUCCUCCUCGCCGGAGUGGCUCUGGCCUUCUUCGCGCAGACCGCUGAGGCUGCUAAGGGUCCCAAGAUCACCCACAAGGUCUACUUCGACAUCACCCACGGCGAUGAGCCUCUCGGCCGCAUCACCAUGGGUCUGUACGGAAAGACUGUUCCCAAGACCGCCGAGAACUUCCGCGCUCUCGCCACCGGCGAGAAGGGCUUCGGUUACGAGGGCUCUACCUUCCACCGUGUUAUCAAGCAGUUCAUGAUCCAGGGUGGUGACUUCACCAAGGGCGACGGUACCGGUGGCAAGUCCAUCUACGGCGAGAAGUUCCCCGAUGAGAACUUCAAGCUUAAGCACUCCAAGAAGGGUCUCCUGUCCAUGGCCAACGCCGGCAAGGACACCAACGGCUCCCAGUUCUUCAUCACCACCGUCAUCACCUCUUGGCUCGAUGGCCGCCACGUCGUCUUCGGCGAGGUCCUCGAGGGCUUCGACGUCGUCGAGAAGAUCGAGCAGGCCCAGACCCAGCCCGGCGACCGCCCCGCCAAGACGAUCAAGAUCGCAAAGAGCGGAGAGCUGGAGGUGCCCCCUGAAGGUAUCCACGUGGAACUCUGA